AUGAGUCUGACGGUGGCUGUGGUACUGCUGGGUGCCGCCGCGCUGCUGAGGCGCCGUGGAAGGAGCGGGGCAGGCGCUGGUAGCUCUGCUGAGGGCGCAGCGCUGGAGCGAGCGUGUGGCACGCUGCUGGCCGGGCAGGCUCCCACGCUGCAGGAUGGGGGGCUGCGACCUUCGGCCAGGGACUCCUCCUGCAGCGAGUACGUGUCCCACAGCCACUACAUCACCCGGGUGCUGUCAGCCGAGGAGGCGGCCUUCCCCCUGGCCUACAUCAUCACCCUGCACAAGGAGUUUGAGACCUUCGAGCGGCUCUUCAGGGCAGUCUACAUGCCCCAAAACGUCUACUGCAUCCAUGUGGAUGGCAAGGCGCCAGCCGCUUUGCAGCAAGCGGUGCGGCGCCUGGUGGGCUGCUUCCCCAACGCCUUCCUCGCCUCCCGCACGGAGCGGGUGGUCUACGGCGGUGUGUCCCGCCUGCGGGCCGACCUGCACUGCAUGAGGGACCUGCUGGCCUCGGCCGUGCCCUGGCGCUACCUGCUCAACGCCUGCGGGCAGGACUUCCCCUUGAAGACCAACUGGGAGAUCAUCCAGCAUCUGAAAGCCUACAGGGGGAAGAACAUCACUCCCGGAGUGCUGCCACCAGCACACGUCACUGCACGCACCCGCUUCAUGCACCUGGAACGGGGUGGGAGCAACGUCUCAGGGCUGGUCACCCCUCAGGUGCACAAGGCUCCUCCACCACACAACCUGACCCUCUACUUUGGUUCUGCGUACAUUGCGGUCACCCGGCCCUUUGUAGAGUUUGUGCUGCAAGACCCGCGUGCCAUCGACUUGCUGGCGUGGUCUGAGGACACCUACAGCCCCGAUGAGCACUUCUGGGUGACGCUCAACAGGAUCCCAGGUAGGCUGUGGGGUCCUGUCUAG